AGUACACACUGUCAUCGACUUCAUCUCUUGUUUCCUAAAUCCCCAGACCAAAAGGAACGUUUUAAUUUUUUUGAGCUCCCCUUCCAGUUUCAGGCUUUCCUCGAAAUUCUAUCUUCCCAGGAUUGCAGAUGCCGAUUAAACAUGUCUAAGUUCCGCCAAAUAUCGACGACGGAGGAAGGGAAAAAGUAAGAGGGAAAUUGGAAUUUUUGAACUAUUUUUAUUUUUUAUUUUUUGGGGUUCCGUCUCCUUCGUCACCAAAUCUUGGAUUCUUAGUCCCUCUGUCUGUUAUUUGCGGAUUUCUCCACACGAGCUAUUGCUAAUUAUAUAAAGGAUAGCUUUGCUGCUGCUAUCGUCCUAAAUAUUGACCGGCAGCGUUGCUUGGGGACGAAACCGGCCGGAUGGAGACUGAGGAGAUAAUCCGUGGACGAGGGAAAAAUAAGCAGUUCUGGACAACUGAUGAGACUAAAGCUUUAAUUGAAGCAUUACAAAAACUGGCAUCUGAUACUUCAAAUACAUGGAAGACUGAUGGAGGAAGUUUCAAGAAUAACUACAUGUUGGAGCUUCACAAAAUCAUAUUGGAUAAAAUCCCAUCCUUCUCAAAAAAAAUUUCUCCGCAUCUUGAGUCGAAGAUCAGGUGGUUGAAAAACAGAUAUCAUGUAAUUACGAAGAUGUGUAAGGAAAGUGGUUGCUCAUGGAAUGACGUUGAACACAAAAUUGAUUGUGAUCAGCAAUGGUACGAGAAUUGGUGUAAGAAGCACAAAGAAGCAAAGGGGCUGUGGAAUUUUCAAUUCCCUUACUUGCGUGAUUUGGACAUCGUUUAUGGUACUAGCGAUAGGGAAUUAGAUGCUAUUGAUGAAGUACCAGUGUAUGCAUUAGAAGCACCAGGAGAUGCUGAACAAAACAUGAAGAACAUUCAUGAUGUGGAGAGUGGAGAUCACGGAUGUUCUCGUGCUAUUUCUUCAUCCAGUGACAGUGAACCUGAUGUCAACGAAGAGUUAAAUGUGCACAAAACACCAACUACCACUUCAACAACCAACAUGAGUGGUACGAAAUCAAAGAGACCCGUAGACAUUGUCAUCACUAAACCUCAGAAGAAACAAAAAGAGGCUACACCUGAACAAAGUAUUGGGUCGGACUUUAAGGAUCUUGUUGGAAAAUUGGAAACAUUUAUGGAGGGUUUGACGUCUCAUCUUGGGGCUAUGGCUGCUGCUAUAAACAACGACGACAAACGUGCACAAAUGGCAUCCGAAAGAAUGUAUAGACUGGUCAAUGAGCUUAUUGGCCUUGGCCUUAAGGGUGGAGAUCUUUACAAAGUUGCUAAAGCUAUGUCUAAAGACCCUAUAGAUGUUGAUUUGUUCUUUAGUCUACCCACACAUAUGAAAAAGGAUUACGUGAAUGGAUUCCGUUAAUUAUCCUUCUCAUUAGGUCGCUGCUAAGUUCGUUGAGGUGACUUUUGCUAGUGAAAUGUCCAUAAUGCUUUUGGUGCCCAAGUAGGCACAUUGCUUCAAUUUUUUGCCUUUUUUUUUUUUUUCUUUUCUUUUU